CCAGUAAAUAAAUAUUGAUGUAGGAACAAAUGUAUUGCUUAUAUUCUGAGUUUAAACUGGAUCGAAAUAGAGCAUAAUAUAAAAAAUACGAGGAAAAAAAUGCUGUAAUUUUCGAAUUUGUGUGAAGACAAAGAUUAAGAUAUAAUUUUAAUUGUAAUAAAAAUUUAAUAGAAAUUACAUACAAAAUACGAAGAAUAAAAGAUGACAGAUAAGGAAAUAGCUCGUAUUCCUUUUUCUCAGGAACAGACCAAGCAAACGCGCCUCAGUAUCGAAGAUCGUGUUAAAAUUGUAAAACGACUUGAUAAUGGAGAAAAAGGCACUGAUCUAGCACGGGAAUACAAGAUAUCCAGGUCAGCAAUUACAUUUAUAAAAAAAUCUAAGGAAUAUCUGAUAAAACAAAGAAGUGCACUUAUUAUGUGCCAGGGACAAACAUCUAAGAAAAGAUGUACAGGUGUUGAAAAUAGUCCCCUUGAGCAAGCUUUGUAUGAAUGGUUUCUCCAGAAGAAAAGUAUAGGAGAAUCUGUCACAGGAACAAUGUUACAAGAGAAGGCAGUUGAGUUGAAUAAAAUGCUUAAUGGUACCAGUAAUUUUAAAGGCACCAAUGGUUUUAUAUCCAAAUUUAAAAAAAGGCACAGUAUUGGAUCUUCAACAGUUCAUGGAGAGAAAGCUUCUGCAAGUAAAAAUGCAAAUACUUUUUGUCGAGAAUUUAUAAAAUAUAUAAUGGACAAUAAAAUACCAUUAGAUAAAGUUUAUAAUGCCAAAGAAACUGUACUCUAUUGGAAAACGUUGCCGAGUAAAAUUCUUACUAGUAAUGAACAUGAAGAUCCUGAUAAAGAAUCAGAAAAAGACAAAGUCACAUUAAUAGUAUGCACAAAUGCGACAGGAAGUCAUAAACUGCCUAUGUUAAUUGUUGGAGAUGCAUAUAACUGUUUUGAGAAUGUAAGAUUAUCAUCAAUUAUUUAUACAAGACAGAAUAAUGCAUGUAUGGAUAAACAAUUAAUGUUGACAUGGUAUCAGGAAAUUUUUUUACCAGAAAUUGAAGCAGUUCAUAACUCCAGUACCGAACAAUGUCUUCUUCUACUUGAGAAUGCUCCCAGUUAUCCUUCAUUAGAAGAACUUAACUCAAUUAGUGAACAAUGUCAAGUAAUUUGUCUACCAUCUAAUGCGACUUCACUUAUACCUAUGGAUCAAGGAGUUAUUGAAAAACUGAAAAAGAUAUAUAGAAAAUAUUUUCUAAGGGUAAUACUUACAGCAGAAACUGCAGAAGAUGUCCAAAAGUUGUUAAAAUCACUUGACAUGCUUAAAUGCUGUCAUUUAAUAAGUGAUGCUUGGGAUGAAGUGGCAGAAGUCGUUAUAAAGGAUAGCUGGAAGAAUAUAUUUCCUUUAUACUUGGAAGAACAGCUCGAUUCACGAUUAUUUUUGAACAUGGUAAAUAAAAUUCCUGAAUAUGAUAAUAUUACAUUAGAAGAGAUUAAUUUAUGGUUAAAUAAUGAUAACAAUAAACAAGAAUGCCAAUUGCUAAAUCAAGAAGAAUUAGAUCAAGAAUUAGAUCAAGAAUUAGAUCAAGAAUUGGCAGAACUCUCAGAACAUCAUGAAGAUGCAGAAGUUAGUCAAAUAGUGAAUCAAGAGAAUGAAGAAGAGGAAGAAAAUCAUGAAUAUUUAAAUGAUAAUGAUUCUACAAAUGCUGUUACAUCAAAAAGUGCUCUCGACGCGAUUAUUACAUUUUUAUUCUGGUAUCAGACUCAAAAUCAAUGCUCGCUGGAAGAUCGUCAAUAUAUACGAAAAUUUUGGAGACGUGCAAUGGACGAAAUUCCCCCAAAAGAUAAUUAA